UUUCAUUCGCUUCGUUAUCUACUAAAGAGCUCUAUCAUGAUCAGGUGGGCGCCGGUUCAAUAUUCCUUCCUCAUAAGGCUCAGCUUUGUGAUCAUUACGAGUGUCCACAUAUCCAUCUUCUGCAGAUUGAUCCCAAGCUCAGUCUCGUCAGACAAUGACCUCCCCAAAAGUUUGGUUUAUCACUGGUACAUCGACUGGUCUAGGUCGAGAGGUUGCUGAAUGCGCUUUGAGCAAAGGAGACAACGUAUUCGCCACCCUGCGCAAACCUUCGAUGUUGGAAGACCUCACUGCUAAAUAUCCCUCCUCCCGCCUCGUCACUUUCCUGCUCGAUGUGACAGAUACACCCUCGAUCACCACGGCAUUCAACGAGGCCCUCUCACACUUUAAUCGUAUCGACAUCGUGCUGAACAAUGCAGGAUACUAUAUGGUAUCAGAAGUUGAAGGCAUGCCCCACAAGGCAGCACGAGAGAUGUUCGAUGUGCUACUUUGGGGUGCAGAAAAUGUCAUGCGUGAAGCCAUACGAUGCUUCAGGGACGUCAAUCGUCCGGUGGGCGGGCGCUUAUUGAACCUUUCUUCCCGGACAGCUAUCAUUCCACAGCCUGGCACUGUACACUAUGCUUCAGCCAAAGCUGCUUUGGAGUGUUUGUCCGAAGGGUAUAUCAGCGAACUUGACCCAGAGUGGGAUAUCAAAAUCACUUUAAUCGAGCCAGGUUUGUUUCGCACAGCGGUAAUCCAAAACCAUGUGGCGGAACCCAUUCACCCCGCCUAUGCAUCCAAUGCAUCCCUCCCUACGCGCAAAUACCGAGCUCUCUAUCCUGACAUCGAGAAGACGCAUUUCGACGGCGAUCCGGCCAAGUUUGCAGAAGUGGUCUACAAGUUGUCUCGUUUAGAUGAACCACCAGUGCGCCUCCCUUUGCAUAGGGUCGCCUUGGAAUCUGCGAGACAAAAGGGGGAAUCAUUACUCGAAGCUGCCGAGAAGUGGUCUAGUUGGUCGGACGAUGUGUAUUUUCGUAAUUGAACGAAAACCAGUGUUACAUAUUGCCGUGCGUCGCAUAUAUCGGUUCCAAGUACAUAUACACUAUCGAGAAUGUUUUAGGAUAUACUGCAUCAUAGUCCGAAGCGCAUUACUAUCUAUAUAUGCCUCCAUGUCCUGGGUAACCAUAGCCUUUGUUAGG